AUGCCUCCUCCGUCUCUGCUCGUCCUGAUCCUCAGGGGGGUAUCCAGUGAUGACGCCCUUGGAGGUGGAGUGACCGCGCUUUGGGUUUCGGGUCAAUACGGAUCCAGGUGUGCAAAAAAUGGGGGGGUUGUUUUGGUGGGUGGGUGGGGGGUUGUGGGGGGGGAUGGGGGUGGGUGGUGGUUGUGUGGUUGGUGUGGUUGUGUGUGUGGUUGGUGUUGGGUGGGGUGGGGGUUUGGUGGGGUGUUGUGUGGGGGUGGGUGGGUGGUGUGGGGGUGGUGGUUGUGGUUGGGGUGGGGGUUGUGGUUUGGUUUGGGUGGGGUUUGGGGGGUGGGGUGGGUGUUGUGUUGUGUGGUGUGUUGGGUGGUGGUGUUGUUUGUUGUGGGGAGUUUGGUGGGGGUGGGGGUGUUGGGUGUUGGGGGGGGGAUUGUUGGGUGGGGGGGGUUUGUUUUUUGGGUGUGUUUUGUGGGGGGGUGUGGUGGGGUGUUGGGGUGGGUGGUUGUUGGUGGGGUGGGGGGGGUGUGGUGUUUGUUUUGUUUGUUUUGGUUUGUUGUGUGGGGGUUUGGGUUGGUGGUGUGUAAGAGGUUGUGUGGUGGUGUGUUGGGGGGGGGGGGGGUUUUGGGGGUGGUGGGUUGUUGGUUUUGGUGUGUAGGUUUGGUUUGGGGGGGGGUGUGGUGGGGUUUGGGGUUUUUGGGGGUGGUGUUAGUUGUGGGGUUGUUGUUUGGGUUGGGUGGUGGGGUUGUGUUGGGUGGUGGGUUUGGUGGUGUGUGUGGUGGUGGGGGGUGGUGGGGGUUUUGUGGUUGUUGGGUGGGUGUGGUGGGGGGUUGUGGGUGUGGUGGGGUUUGUGUGGUUUGGGGUUGUGGGGGGGGGUUGGUGGGGGGUGUUUUUUGUGGGGUGGGGGGGGGGGGGGGGGGGGGGGUGUUGGUGGGGGGUGGGUUGUGUUGGGUUUGUGGGGGGGUUGGGUGUGGGGGGGGGGGGGGUGGGGGGUUGGGGUGUGGGGGUGGUUGGGUGGUUGUUGUGGGUGGGUGGGUGGGUGGUGGGUGGUUGGUGUGGUUUGUGUGGGGUGGGGGUUUGUUAUUUUGUUUGUGGGGGGGUUGGUGGGUGGGGGGGGUGUGUGGGGGGGGGGAGUGUGUGGGGUUUGUGGUGUGGGGUGGGGGUGUGGGGGUGGUUGGGUGUGGGGGGGGGGGGGGGGGGGGGGGGUGGGGUAGUUGGUGUGGGUGGUUGGGUGUGUGGUUGGGGGGGGGUGGGGGGGGGGUGGGGGGUUGUGUUUGUGGGGUUGGGGGGUUGUUGGGGUGGGGGGUGGGGGGUGGGUGUUUGUGGUGUUGGGGGGGGUUGGGGGGGGGGGGGGGGUGUGUGUGGGUGGGUGGGGGUGUUGUGUUUUGGGUGUUUAGUGUGUGGGUGUGGGGGGUGUGUUUGGUUGGGGUUUGGGUUUUUUUGUGUGUUGGGGGGGUUGUGUUUUUUUUUUGUUGGGUGGGGGGUUUGGUUGUGGUUUGUUUUUGUUUGGGGGGUUGGUUGGGUUUGUGGUGGGUGUUUUGGUGUGUGGGUUUGGUGGUGGGGUUUGUGGGGGGUGGUGUGUGUGGUGGGUGGGGUGUUUGUGGUUGUUUAUGUUUUGGGGUGUGGUUUUUGUGUUUUGGUGGGGGGUGUGUGUUUGUUAUUUGGGUGUGGUUGGGGGGGGUGGUGGGGGGGGGGGGUUGGGGGGGGUUGGGGGGUGGGGGGUGGGGGUGGGGGUUGGUUGGGGUGUUGUUGGGUUGUUGGGGUGUGUGGGGGGGUGAUGGGAUGUUGGGUGGGGGGGGGGUGUGGUUGGGGGGUGGUUGGGGGGGUGGUUGUGGUGUGUGGGUGGAUGGGGGGGUUGUGUUGUUUGGUUGGUGGUUGUGUUGUGGGUUAUGUUUGAGUUUGUGUGGUUGGUGUUGUUGUGGUUGGGUGUUGUUAGUGUUGGGGGGGGGGUGGGUUGGUUUGGGGGGGUGGGGGUGGUGUGGAGGGGGUUUGGUGGGGUGGGGUGUGUGUUGUGGGGGGGGGUGGGGUGGGUGGUGGGGUGGGUUUGGGGGUUUUAGGUUGUGUUGGGUUGGGUGUUUGGGGUUUGUUUGGUUUGUUGUUGGGGGUAGGGUGGGUUUUUUUUGUUUUUGGGGUGUGGAGAGUGUGAGGGUGUGUGUGUGUGGUGUGUGUGUGUUUGUUGGGUGUGUGUGUGUGGGUGUGGUAUGUGUGGUUGUGUUUGGUGUGGUUUGUUGUUGUGUGUGUGUGGUUGUGUGUGGUUUGAGGUUGUGUGUGUGUGUGUGUGGUGUUGUUGGUGUUUUGUGGAGUGUGUGGUGUGUGGGUGUGUGUUGGUGUGUGUGGGUGUGUGUGGUUGUGAGGUGUGUGUGGGUGUGUGUGUGUGUUGUGGUGUUGUUGUUGUGUGAUGGUGUGUGUGGUUGGUGUGUGUGUGUGGUUGUGUGGUUUGGUUGGGUGUUGUUGUUUGUGGUUGUGGAUGGGGAUUUGUUUGUUUUUGGGUUUGGGUUGGGGUGUUGGGGGGUUUUGGUUGGUGGGGGUUUGGGUGGGGUGGGUGUGGGUGGGGUUGGGUGGUUGGUUGGGGGGUUGGGGGGGGGGGAGGUGGAGGGGGUGGUGUGUGGGGUGGGUGGUUUGUGUGGGGUGGUGUGGUGUUGGGGGUUGUUUGGGUGGGGGGAGUGGGUGGUGGGGGGUGGGGUUUGUGGGGGGUUGGGGGGGGUUGUGGGGGGGGUGUGGGGGGUGUGUGGGUUGGUGUGUUUAGUGGUGGGGGUAGUUGGUUGGGUUGGUAUUGAUGAUUGGGGGUAUUGGUAUUUGUGGGGUUGUUGGGGUGGGGUGUGGGGGGGGUAUGGGUGGUUGGGGUGGGGUUGGUUUGGGGUGUUGAUUUGGUUUGGGUGGUGGGGAUUGAGUGUGGGGUUUUGUUGGGUUUUGUGUGAUGGUGGGUGGAUUGGUGAGGGGGAUGGAUAUUUGGGGGGGGGGGUGGGGUUGGGUUGUGUGGGUGUGGGUGGGGGGGGGUGUUGGGUUGGGUGGGGUGGGUGGGGGGGGGGGUGGUGUUGUGUUUGUUUUGGUGUGUGGGGUUUGGGGGGGUUGUGUGGUUGGGGUGUUUGUGAUGGGGUGUGGGGUUUGAUUGGUUGGAUGGUGGUUUUGUGGAGGAUGGGGGUUUUGGGUGGUUGUGGUGUUUGUGUUGGUUUGUGUGGGGGGGGUGGUUGUGUUGGGUUUAUUGGUGUUGGGGGGUUGUGUGGGGUGGUGUUUGGGGGGGGGUUUGGGUGGUGUUUGGUAGUUGGGGGUUGUGGUGUGGGGUGUUUGGGUUUUGGGUGGUGGGGUGGGUGUGUGGUGUUUUGGUUUGGGGGGUGUGUGGGUGGUUGGUUGGGUGGUGUGAUGUGGGGGGGGGGGUUUUUGGGUGGUGGGGGGGGUGUUGUUGGGUUUUUUUGUGGUAGGUUGUGUGUGUGUUGGGGUGUGUUGUGUUGUUGUUGUGGUGGGGUGGGGGGGGUUGGGGUGGGUGUGGUUGUGGUGGGGGGUGGUGUUGUGUGGGGUGUUUGUUGGUUGGUUUGUUUGUGUUUGGGUUGUGGGGUUGGGGGUGGUGGGUUGUUUUGUGUGUUGGGGUGGUGGGGGGGGGUUUGUUGUGGUGAUGUGGGGGGUGUGGGUGUGGGUGGUGUGUAUGUGGUUUGUUUGUUGGGUGAGUGUUGUUGUGUUUUGUGGUUGGUUUUGGUUUGUUUGGGGGGGGGUGUGGGGGGGAGGGUUUGGGGGGGUUGGUGUGGGUGGGGGUGGGUGUGGGGGUGUGGGGUUGGGGGGUGGGUGGGGGGGGUUGUUGGUUUUUUGGUGUUGGGGUGGGGUUGGAGGAGUUGGUUUUGGGUAAUUGGUUGGGGUUGUAGGGUGUGGGGGGUGGAUUGGGGGGGGUGGGGGGGGUUGUGGGGGUGUUGUGGGGGGUGGGGUGUUGUGUGUUGGUUUGUGGUUGUUUUUGUUGGGGGGGUUUAUUUUUUUGUUUGUGGUGGGUGGUGUUUGGUUUGGGUUGGGUUGGGUGGAUUGUUUGUGAUUUGUUGA